GUUACCAAGGAGGGGCCACGAGGAGGGGCUCUCUUCCGGGAGGAGGGCAACUGGUAACCCGGAAGCGGUCGGCAGUGCGGCGCUGUUUAAAGAUGGCGGCGGAGGAACCUCAGCAGCAGAAGCAGGAGCCGCUUGGCAGCGACUCGGAAGGUGUUAACUGUCUUGCCUACGAUGAAGCCAUCAUGGCUCAGCAGGACCGAAUUCAGCAAGAGAUUGCUGUGCAGAACCCUCUGGUCUCAGAGCGGCUGGAGCUCUCUGUCCUAUACAAAGAGUAUGCUGAGGAUGACAACAUCUAUCAACAGAAGAUCAAGGACCUCCACAAAAAGUACUCAUACAUCCGCAAGACCAGGCCUGAUGGAAACUGCUUCUAUCGAGCUUUCGGAUUCUCCCACUUGGAGGCGCUGCUGGAUGACAGGAAGGAAUUGCAGCGGUUCAAGGCCGUGUCCGCCAAGAGCAAAGAGGACCUGGUGUCCCAGGGCUUCACUGAGUUCACAAUCGAGGAUUUCCAUAACACGUUCAUGGACCUGAUCGAGCAGGUGGAGAAGCAGACCUCAGUGGCCGACCUGCUGGCCUCCUUCAACGACCAGAGCACCUCGGACUACCUGGUGGUCUACCUGCGGCUGCUCACCUCGGGCUACCUGCAGCGCGAGAGCAAGUUCUUUGAGCACUUCAUCGAGGGUGGCCGGACCGUCAAGGAGUUCUGCCAGCAGGAGGUGGAGCCCAUGUGCAAGGAGAGCGACCACAUCCACAUCAUCGCCCUGGCCCAGGCGCUCAGCGUCUCCAUCCAGGUGGAGUACAUGGACCGCGGCGAGGGCGGCACCACCAACCCCCACAUCUUCCCCGAGGGCUCCGAGCCCAAGGUCUACCUUCUCUACCGGCCUGGACACUACGAUAUCCUCUACAAAUAGGGCCGGCCCCGGCCUGCCGCUGCCCUGCCUGCCCUCCCCUCUGCCAGGCGCUAGACAUGUACAGAGGUUUUUUUUGUGGUUGUAAAUGGUCAUACUUCACUCCCCACCCCCUUCCCUGUCAUACGACCUUCCCUGUUUUAUUAAAGGGGACGCUGGUGGUGA